AUGACCACCGUCACCGCCGCGGCCUCAAACCACCGUCUCGCACAGCCUCUCUCGCUAAUCACCAGUAUAACCUCCCUCCUCCAGUCCUUGAACCCCCAACACCCCAGCACCCACCAAAACCCAGACCCUUCACUUCUCAACCACUUCUCUCCAUACUUAACCCCAACCUUAGUCAUUCAAACCAUCAAAAGCCAAACAAGCCCUUACCAUUCCCUUUUCUUCUUCAACUGGGCCUCUUGCCUGAGCUCGAACUCAAACAACUACACCCACAAUCAUUUUUCCUACAUUGCCAUAACUGAUAAACUCAUUUCACACAAAUUAUUUUCCUUAGCAACGGAUUUACUGAAAUCCCAUGACAGAUUUUCGGAUUUCAUGGUGGGAAAGUUUAUUAAAGCUCAUGGUGAUUUAGGCCAUUUGAAGUGGGCUGUUAAGCUUUUACAUCAAGUGAAGGAGAGGGAAUUUGGUUAUUGUUUAUUUUCCUAUAAUGCCCUUUUGGGUGUUCUUGUUAAGGCCAAUAGGUUUGAUUUAGCUUGGGGGUAUUUUGGACAGAUUGUUAAAGAGGGUGUUGUGAAACCUGAUGUUUCCACUUACACAAUAAUGAUCAAGGGGUUGUGUAAAGUGGGCAGGCUGGAUGAUGCCUGGAAACUGUUUGAUGAAAUGCCUCUGGAAAGGAAUUUGGUUACUUGUAAUACUAUUAUCGAUGGGUUUUGCAAGAAAAAUUUUGUGGAAAAUGCGAGAAAAAUUGUCGACAAGAUGGUUCGGAAUGAGACUUGUUUGCCUGAUGUGGUUACUUAUACUACUUUGAUUGAUGGGUAUUGCAAGAAAGGGGAGGUGGAAAAUGCUAUGAAGUGUUUUGACGAAAUGGUGAAACGGGGGAGUUGUGCACCUAAUUUAUUGACAUACAAUGUCUUGAUCAAUGGGUUGUGCUUGAAAGGAAAUCUUGAUGAGGCGAGGAGAAUGAUGACUAGGAUGAGGUUGAGCGGAGUGAGGGAUAAUGUUGCGACUUGUACAAGUUUGUUGAGGGGCUAUUGCAUUGCUGGGAGAUCUAACGAGGCUAUUCAGUUUUUUAAAGAAAUGGUUAGUCUUGGUAUGAGUCUUGAUGGAAAGUCAUAUUCUAUUGUUGUGAAUGAGUACUGCAAGUUGGGAAGGCCAGAUGAAGGGUUUGCGCUGCUAAGGGAAAUGAGGGCUAGAGGCAUUAAUUUGAAUGUUGCGGGUUUUAAUGCUGUCUUGAGGAGUCUUGUCCAGCUACAAGAACUUGAUAAGGCAAUUCUCCUUUUGAAGCAUAUGCCCCGAAUGGGUUGCAUUCCGAACUUUUUAUCGUAUAAUGUGGUGAUAAUCGGCCUUGUGAGUGCUAAACGAAGGAUGCAAGAAGUCGAGAUGCUUGUUAAUGAUAUGCUUCAGGAUGGCCAUGGCCUUGAUGCUACAUUGUACAGUUUCUUGGUUAAAGCAUGUUGUGAAAAUGGAGAUAUAAAUAAGGCAAUAUGGCUGUUUAAGAAGAUGAUUGAUGCAAAAUAUGUGAUCAAUCUGGAGUGCUUUGCAGUUCUUUGUGGGGAAUUGCUUGCAACGGGGAGAGCAUCCGAGGUGAAAAAUCUUUUCAAGCAGUUGAGAAACGUUCUCCCUGGGGCAGCUGCUAUACUAUCUAUCCCACUUAGUGGUCGGCAAAGGGAUAACAGCAUAAUUUGGCAUUAUGAACUCCAAGGUGUUUGUACAGUCGGAACUGGAUAUAGGUUCUUGAUUGAUGUGGGGACGGACUCAAUGGGUACUAGUGCUUGGAGUGAUGCUCCAUGGGGGAAAACUUUGUGGAAAGUGCUAGCAUUCAUUAAGCUGAAUACAGAUGCAGCCGUACAAAGUGGGGUUAAAGUUUUCCAAAUGGGGGUUGUUAUUCGGGAUCAUGCUGGAGUUGUACUGGUCAUAAGAAGACUGCUGGGAAUUCUUUCAGUUGAGAAUGCUGAAGCUACUGCAAUACGGGAUAGGCUUAACUUUGCGAAGGAAAACCAUCUCAAUGUGGAGAUUGUGGAGAGUGAUUCUCUGCAUGUUGCUUAA